AUGUUCUCUCAAGACGACAAGAAGCGGCCUGCCGCACUCAACUUGACGCCAAACCGCUCAGCAUCCACAGACUCGUCAUCUUCAGGCUCUUCUCUUAAGCCCCCUCGCACACCGCGUUUCGCUGAGGCCACUUCGGUUCAUUCUCCCGUCGAGGCGCCCCUCUCACCUUUUGCACCUCAUGAGAGGUCCGAGAUGGCUCAAUCCCAGCCUGGCGACAUUGGCUUCGGCUACAUCAACAACCGCGAAUCCGUCAACGUUCCCAUGACCCCCAAGACGCCCCUCAAGAGCGCCAUGCGGGUGCCCGGAACUCCCGCCAGGAAGUUUGAGAACCCGAUGAGCCCAACAUUCAAGGAGGAGGAAUUCCUCGACAAGAGGGAGUCGCACACUAGCAAGGCCCAGCGCCGCGAUCUGAGGAUAAAAACUCGAGUCCGAAUGGCCAAGUUUGCUCUUCGCGGUGUCAGCUUCAGCUGUGCCCUUAUCAUCAUCUCGAUGCUGUCUGCCUCCUUCUCGAUUUUCAACGCAACAAGAUCGCUGCCAGCUCAGAGUGGUCUGCCUGCCUGGUCGGAGAAGAGCAAGAUCUGGCCUCAGAUUCUGAUUCUCGUCGUGGCCGGCAUCUCACUGCUCGGAUGCAUCAUUGUUUUCGCUGCCUACUGUAGAGGCGGGCAUAAGAGGGCGGAAAAGGUUGCGACGUACUACACCAUGUUCGCCAUCGGCUGGUUCAUCGUCUCAAUGAUCAUGUGGGUCAUUUCUGCUGGCAUCUUCCAACACCAACGGAGCUCAAGCGCUGGUCGCGACAUGUGGGGUUGGAGUUGCAAGGAGAACAGACGCGCUGAGCUCUACCAAGACAAGGUCGACUAUGCUCUGGUCUGCCGCCUGAACAACUGGGUUCUCAUCUGCAUCAUCAUUGAGGUCGUCAUUGAGAUCAUCGCCAUCUCGCUCUACAGCAUCGUGUUCUAUCGUUACUACACCAAGCGCCGCCUUACCAAGUCCAUGGACAUGCGUGAUAGGGCUCGCUCUGACCUCUACCUCGCCCAGCUACGCAGCCAGUCCGCUCCCAAUACCCCCGGCCUCAAGUCCCCCGGGCUCUACUCGCAGUACGCCCUCUCCCCGCGCAACCCGGAAAAGACGUUUGCGUCUCUCUCGGCCAUUGAGGAGCAGCAGCCGCAACCCACCUUUACGCCGGCAGCACGCUUCGUCGAGCCUGCCUCGAGCUUCGCUGGCCAGCAGCAGUCCACCUUCAAGCUGCAGGCACCGCCAGUCAAGGCGCCUUCGGCAACACCCAAGCUUGGCGGCGGUAGCUUCACGCCGACCUCUACAACGGCCCCUGCUCUGCCCACGCACCCGCCUUCGCCGCCGCAGCCUACCUACAACGAGCAUGCACAUGCCUCGGGCGCAGCGGACGAGCCCGUGUACGACGCUGUGCCGAUCCCAGGGGCUUACGCCGAUGCGCCUGUGAAGGGGUAUGGUCGGUAG